GUAGGAAGUCUGUGGUCGUGGGUGACCCAAUCGAGCCGUUGACGUCCAUUUCCUGCUGGGUCAGUGCGGGCCUAGAUAGCACCACUGUGGGCACGCUUACACGGACUUCCCAGGGAAAAUACUCCAUCCCAAACUUAACUCGGACUUUCACCAGGACUGUUGGGUCCUCAGGGCCUGCAAAGGGAUAACAUGGCGGCUCUAAACAGGGAACAAGAGCGCCAGCGGCUGACUAACAUCAUCCGACAGUGGAAUGCCAACAGACUCGACCUCUUCGAGCUCAGCGAACCCAACGAGGACCUGGAGUUCCAUGGCGUCAUGCGUUUUUUCCACCAAGACACAGACUCGAAGGAGAGAGUCACCACCAAGUGUAUCCGUGUGUCCAGUACGGCUACGACUGCAGCCGUUAUCGAGACGUUGGUGGAGAAAUUCCGCCCAGACAUGCGGAUGUUGACUACGCCUGUAUAUGGCCUGUAUGAAGUUCAUGCAAAUGGAGAGGAGCGCCGUUUGGAUGACAACGAGAAGCCUCUGUUGGUGCAGCUGAACUGGAACAAGGACGACCGGGAAGGGCGCUUCCUGCUCAAGAGGGAGGACAACCUCAACGUUUCCGGUACUGGUGACUACUUUGAAGACAAGUCUGUCAUGCAGAACUUCAAGAGGAAACCCUCCAAGAAAGAGAAGAAAGAGGAGAAGAAGAAGAAAAAGAAAGAGGCUCUAGCUCUGAAGGGCAAGGAGAAUUCUCCUAAGGUAUCCCUUCCCAAGGAUGAUACCCCCACCUCCCCACAAGGCGAGGAGUCUGCAGCAGAGAAACUGUACCAGGAACUGCCGGAAUCCGGUUUCACGCGCUCCAUCUCCAACCCCGAGGCCGUCAUGAGGCGGAGACGCCAGCAGAAACUGGAGAAGAAACUACAGCAGUUCAUGAGCGGGCCAAGCUCAGGUGGCACCCUGAAAGUGUAUGCUGAAACUAUCAAACCAGAGGUGCCCUACAAAACUCUCCUGCUCUCCACCAAUGACACGGCUGCGUUCGUGGUGAAGGAAUCCUUGGAGAAGUACGGCCUAGACAAGGAGGACCCCCUGGACUACUGCCUCGUACAGGUUCAGCUCCCACCAGGCAGUACCACUGUGACCGAGACUGGGGGGUGGGGCAGGGAGUUGAUUCUAGAUGAUGAUGAUUGCCCCCUCCAGAUCCUAAUGGACUGGCCUGCACAGAAAGGCACCCUGGCCUUCCAGUUAAAGAGACGUCCCUCUGACGCCCGUGGACAGAAACGGAAGCCCAAGAAGUCCAAGAGCAGCAGCAAGUCCAGCGAGAGUGACAGUUACCAGGACAUGGGACCUGUACCACAGGACAGGCUACCCUUCAUGGUGGAGCUCAACCCUGAUGGUUCAGAAAUGCUGAAGCCCCGCCUCCACCGCCUACAGCCGAAUGUCACUGAAGUUGGCAGCGAGAGAUCGUCAGCUACAAGCGGGCAGUACCUUCAGCUGUUUUCUCCCAAUGUGAAACCGCGCCACUGUGUCAUCGCCAACAUGGAGGGGGUCGUGACGGUGACACCGACCAACCACGACGCGGAGACGUACGUCAACGGGCAGCGAAUCUACGAGACCACCAUGCUACAGCACAACUCAGUCGUCCGCUUCGGCAAGAUGCACACCUUCCGCUUCUGUGAGCCAGUCCCAGUCAUAGAGAAGUCUCAAGGAGGAAGACCAGACGUGACCCAAUCCUCCCCAAGAAGGGGACCCGCAGAACAGUCCAGCCCCAGCUCAGGCCAGGCCAACUUUGAGACAACGUUUGACGUCGACGGCCACAUCGAGACUGUCACCAGUCCUGUGAACAAGACACCUCCAAGAGGCCUACAAGAGAGGCCAGUUGACGUCCCACCUGAACACAUGCCACCAGUCAGGUCCAACAUCCCCUUUGAGACUGUGCUGCCAGCCUCUAUAGAGUACAGGGACAGCACUGAAGAACAGCUGCUGUCGCAGGUGAUCAGUGAAGUCAAUGGAGCUGCUGUCCAGUUCAAACUGGCCCCGACCUACACCCUGUACAUGGCGGCCAGGCAUCGUAUCGCCUCGGACGCCAGGAACGUCCAGACGGCUGCGGAGAGGCUACACAGGCUGAACUCCAUGACCAUCAGAGUGGCCAGUAUGAUCAGCAGGACAAUUCAGGAGGGCAGUGCCAUUGCGGGAGUCCUGGCCUUCUGGAUGGCCAACGCCUCUGAGUUGCUCCACUUCCUCAAGAUGGACAGGGACACGUCUCGCCAGACACAGGAGGCACAGGGAAUUCUGGGGGAUGCCGUACAGAUGGCAUUCAGGUACCUGGUGCAGUGUAUGACCCGUGAGCUGAGGGCGUCCAUGCCAGCCUUCCUGGACGAGUCUUCAGAGGCAGACCAGGAGGAUGAGGAGUCCCUGACAGAUGAUGGUGACCACAGCGCCCACUCGUCUGAGCGCUCAUUCCGUACCAGCGCCAAGGAGAACCCUGCCCGGAUCAGUGGACGCUGGCUCUCCCCCAACUCUGGCAUGAAGGGGGGCAAACCCAACAUCGGUGAUGUGUUGAACACCCUGUCAUCGGCCAUGUCCCUCCUACGCCGCUGCCGAGUUAACGCAGCUCUGACCAUACAGCUCUUCUCACAACUCUUCCACUUCAUCAACAUGUGGCUCUUCAACAAGGUUGUGAUGGAACCCCACCUGGGCCUGUGUACCCGGAUGUGGGGGCUGCGCCUGAAGCGGCGCCUGGGUAGGGUGGAACUGUGGGCAGAGAAACAGGGCCUGGAGCUAGCCGCAGACUGCCAUCUCUGCCGGGUCAUCCAGGCGGCACACCUACUACAGGCACCCAAACACUCUGCAGAGGACAUUGCCUCCAUCAGCAGCACCUGCUUCAAGCUCAACUCCAUGCAGCUGCGCGCACUGCUGGAACAGUACAGGCCAGACCCUAAUGAACCUAGAAUACCACAGGACCUGAUAGAGAGCGUGGUGUCUGUUGCUGAGAACACGGCUGACGAGCUGACGCGGAGCGAUGGCGGUGACGUGCGUCUGGAGGAGGACUCUGACCUGCAGCUGCCGUUCCUCCUCCCCGAGGACGGGUACUCCUGCGACAUCGUCCGCGGCGUGCCCACAGGACUGCAGGAGUUCCUCGACCCUCUGGUGUCAGCUGGCCUUGUGCGGAUGAACGUCCAUCCGAACGCGCCCGGAGUGUGGACAAUCUACUUCACGCCGGAGGCCCAGGAGGCAGCACGGAACAUGGGCUCCCCGGGAGAACAGAUUCCCAAGGAGAAAUUACGCAGUGUUUCUCAACAGGUACAUCCCGAGGGACACCCUUCUUUUCAAGGCUCGGAACAGAGUCUGCACACCCCUGAAAGUCGCUACCCUCCCACACCCAAGGGUGAAGCUGAGGUCAUCGAUGUGUCCUUCAGCAAGAACAGCUCCGGAAUGGGACUCAGCAUUGUCGCAGCAAAGGGUGCUGGACAGGAUCAACUUGGAAUCUACGUGAAGUCAGUAGUUAAGGGCGGCGCAGCAGACUUGGACGGGCGUUUGGCAGCUGGAGACCAGUUGCUGGAGGUUGACGGGCAUAACCUCGUGGGACUUUCUCAAGAAAGGGCUGCAGCGUUGAUGACACAGACUGGGCAGACUGUAAAUCUCAAGGUCGCUAAACAAGGAGCAAUUUACCACGGUCUGGCCACACUGCUCAGUCAGCCGUCUCCAGUCAUGCAAAGCAGAGUGUCACGUCGCAGCCUCGGUCCCACUGCCCUCAGUCCGUCACAAGGGGGUGAUACCACCCCCUCCAAGACGCGCCCUAAGAGCGAAGAUAUUCUCGCACGCCAUACAAAUCAAGUGAGCACCCCACCCUGGCGAGAAAAAAUGGCACCCGAGGGGGAAGGUUCCGGCACGGUACAGAGGAGGGAGGAGUACCGCUCCUCCCCCCACCUCCACAACACCAAUACGUACAGCCAGAUGUACGGCCAGGGCCGUCCCUCGCCCCAGCAGCAAGGUGGUUACCGGCCGGCGGCGUCCAACCCCAACAUCCAGGCCCACCUGAAGCAGCCGCCACGUGAGGCACCCCGCUCCCAGUCCACCUCCAACCUGGGCUACCCGCAGCAGGCCGAGCCCCGCAGGGUGGGUGAGAUGCGCCGAGGACCGCCCCCGCCGCAGAGGAGCCCCAACACCACCGGCAACUACGCCGACCCGCGCGGGGACAGAUACGGCGCCCCUGACCACCGUAGAGACUAUAUGAACGUAGACCCUAGAGAUAGGCACCCUGCUAAUGAUCAGGACAGGAAUUACGUGGACCAGAGGUACUUGCCUCCAGAGGCUAGGGAUAGGUACGCCCCGGUAGGGCAUGCUAAGGAAAGGUACUCUUCUCCAGACCAACAGGCACCGAGGUACAAUGUCACCUACAGGGCUGAGCCCUAUGGCUCCAAACCAGGCUACUCUGAGUCCCCACCCCCUCCUCCACCACCCCCACCCCCAGAGAACUACGAUGGUGUUCCACCUGACCUUCCACCCCCUCCCCCUGACCCUCGCUACACCGACAGCCCCCCUCCACCACCACCACCCCCUGCUGAAAUGAUGGGCCGGUACCCAGGCGGUCGCCAACAGAGCGACUCUCCACGAGCCAAGCUGGCGGAAACGAUGCGCGCGGCUCCGUACAAUCCUGAACAGCCCAGUCAGCUGAGGCUACGCCCCACAGACGGCCCCCAACAGUACGGCUCUGAAGAAGAGAGGAGGUUCAUGGAGAUACAGGAGAUAGAAGUCGAUGCCGAGAAGCGGAAGCAGCGGAUGAACGGCAACAAAAACUACACGUCUGAGGUGACCUACGUUCUUGAGAAGAGCGACACCCUCUCCCCGUCCCCAUGGGAGAGGGAGAAGAGGGCCUACAUCGAAAGGCAGAUCAACGAGCAGCUGAAGCAGAUGCGAGAGCAGGAAAUUCAGGAGUUGGAAGGCAAGAACUACAGACGACCUGAGGAAGAUGACAGGCUUCGUAAGCUGCGAAUGGAAGACGAGUUCCAGCGGAGGGCAGAGGAGGCAAGAAGGCGAAGUGAAGAAGAAGAAGAGGCAGCGUCAGAAAGUGAUGAGGAGCCUCACCCCAAGCAGCUUGUCCGUGUUGUUGCAGAAGAGGCAGAAGCAGCCAAGCAGCGCAUCAUGGAGAAGGACCACCAGCGCAUGUACGAGGAGGAACGUCGCGAGAUGGAGAGGAUUAAGGAACAAGAGCAUCGUCUCCAACAGCUACAGGCCGAGCGUGACGAGCAGCGUCAGAGGCUCGGACAGAAGAUGGACAAACGUGAGCGCGAGCAGGAAGAGUGGCUGGAGAAGCAGCGCCAGCUACGUGAGCAGCAGCGCAUCGAACAGGACGAAUCCAGGAGACUCCAGGAGCAAGAAGAAGAGCAGAUGCGCCACAGGAAACAGGAGGAGAUCCGCAUCAAGCGUGAGCAAGAUCAGCAAGCUUUACGUCAGAUCCAGGCACAGCGAGAGUCCGAGGAGAAGGCGUACCGCGAGGCGGAGAGGAAACGAAGGGAAGCAGAGUACCUCACCAAACGCCAGAGGGAGCGGGAAAGGGAGCGUCUGAGGCAAGAACGCCAGGAACGGGAGCGCCUGGUUCUGGAAAGAAAGCUUACGUCAGAAACCCUGAUAUACAAGAAGAGGGAUUCAGCAUCUGACCAGAGUUCAGAUGCAUCCUCUCCCACAGCCAGGGAGCACCCGGGCGUCCAGUCCACCCGAGUCAACGCCUACCAAAUCCCACCACCAGAGAAGACCUACAUCGCACCUCCCGCUCCCCCGCAGCGCAAGUCUUCGUACGAGUCCCUGCGUGAAUCGGACAGGUACAACGACAACACAUCUCGACCGUACAACAACUACAACGACUAUGACCAGGAGAGGAAACCGUCACCUCCCUCCAAACCAUCGUACGACUCUCUCCAUCCCCCCUCCUCCACUGCCUCCUAUCAUUCCAGUGCCUCCUCCUCCUCCUCCCCCUCUCAUAAACCAGACGACUUUGCAUCUCCAGCCAACUCCCAAGGUCUAAACACCUACAACACAUCUGUGGCUGGUACUACCCCUGGCAUCAUUGGCGCGCAGGAGGUUUACCGGGACCCGGUCAUGCGCCGAAAAGCCGAAAAGAAGGCCCAGGCCGUCGAGGCAGCAAAGAAAAAACCAGGUCCUGAGAAACUUUCCUUCAAAGACCGCAUGAAAAUGUUUGACCAGGGGCAGACCAUUGAGAAGCCACGUACGUCAAAAUGGCUAAAGGAACAUGCGCCAGAAGCAGUGAAGUAAAGAGUAGCAGUAGGACCAGUGUAGUGGAAAAGCCUUUCUUAUACAUGUAGUGAUGGAAAUGAAGGAUAACUAACAGCAAAUUUAGGUGGAAAGUAAUGUACUGUGGAAUAGUGAUGUUUAUCCCACAAUGAUAAUAGUCUACAAACACUUAUUAUAGCCGGGAAAAUACAUACUAUGACUCACUUCUUGCAUAACCAGAAUCUGAUGAUUCGCUUCAUAGAAAGAAUACAAAUCGAGCUGAAAUGUAAAGACCUCUCUAAUCAUGCAUCUAGGACUAUUCAUAUGUAGUGAAUGAGUGCUUUCAUGAAUGUGGAUGUUCAUAAUAGAUUGGAUGUUUUUUGAAUGAAGUUAAUUUUUCUAUCACAGUGUAGAUUUAGCUGUAGAUUGGAAAAAAACAGAAAAAUUUGCAGAAUUUUUGUACUUUUUACUUCCUGUACAGAAUUUUAUACCUUAAGAGUUGACUGGAGUUGCGGAGUCUUGAAUUCGUAGGUGCUCAGAAGAGAGUAAAGAAAGAAGCAGGCAGUGUUCACAUCGAGACUGUGAUAAAAUAAGGCAUGGUGGUGGCAAAAGCAGAGUACCUCAGACUGUCCCAAGUGUGCCAAACGUCUUGCCUGCUCUAAACUUGGUCUUGAGAAGGGUGCCUCGGGGGGAUGGUGGCAUUACGACUGGAGCUUUGUACAUGUGCGCAAUCAUAGAUGGUUUGCCUUAGCAGACAGCCAUUUGAAUACUGAGACAAACGUUAGGGCUAUACCGAUGUGUGUAUGACAUGUAUUUCAUGCUAGGAUGCUUUUUUUUGCCAUUUGCUCAUUCAAAGAACAUACUGUUAUUGAUGGUAAUUACUAGUAAGGAGUAGGAAAGGAAUUGUACGGAUUGCAUGGAAAUACUUAUUUUACCGUGAAGAAAUACUGUAAGGUCCAAGGUCCUAGCCUGUAGUGAGUUUAGCAUUAACACAUUGUAACCCUGAAACUUCUGCAACUGUAUUACUGUAGACAAGACAGGGAGGCUUGGUACCAUUCACUUCAGUAAGUUUGAAUCUAACACUAGGUGUUAUUUGGUAGUAAGAUGUUAAUUUUGGAUUGAGUACAGAUUUGUGGUAGAUGAAAUUGUGAAAUUUCAUGUAACGGAAGCAUAGAAGGUGUGAUCAUAACGAUUAAGUACAAAAGUCGAUAUUAGUGAACUAAUUGAUGCUCCUGCUGUGGUAUAUAAGAUCUGUCAGAUCAUCAGGAAAGCACCCAACUGGGGACAGCAGUGAAGUUUGAGCUCUUUGAUUUUAAAGAUUUUUUUUGUCAUUUCUUUUUAGAGAUUUUGAACGUACGCAACAGAAGAGUUUUUUCUGUACAGUGCCAGUUGCUUUGUGGUGAACAUCCAUGUUACUAAACGUGGAUGACACCAAUAGCUUUUCUUUCCCUGUAUCAUGUAUAUAUCACUUCAGCGUUUGCUUGUAUGUACACAUUACUAUGUAACUUUCACCGACCGACAGGUUAGCCAUUGGUUUUGCGAACUAUAUUUCACUUUUCCUAUCCAGAUAUAUGUCUAACAUCCAUGCAGAUUGUACUCAUAUACAUGUAUGUAAGCAGACUUGUUUUACUUGUAUCAUCGAUGUAGCAAACCUUUUUUUCUGGGAUAUCCAUAACAACCGUUCUCUCUUGUAAUAAAUCCAUUGACAUAACA